AGGGGGCGCGGUCAGGGGCGUGCCCGCCCGGCCGCAGGUGAGGCGGGGCCCGCGGGCUCGAGGCGGGCACCGCGAUCCUCCUGGUCCCCGUCCCAGCCAUGGCGGAGCAGGAGAGCCUGGAGUUCGGCAAAGCUGACUUUGUGCUGAUGGACGCUGUCACCAUGCCCGAGUUCAUGGCCAACCUCCGCCUGCGGUUUGAAAAAGGACGGAUUUAUACGUUUAUUGGGGAGGUGGUGGUUUCCAUGAAUCCCUACAAAAACCUGAACAUCUACGGGCGUGACACGAUUGAGCAGUACAAGGGAAGGGAGCUGUACGAGAGGCCUCCGCACCUCUUUGCGAUUGCCGACGCUGCUUACAAAGCAAUGAAGAGGCGAUCAAAAGACACCUGCAUUGUAAUAUCUGGUGAAAGUGGGGCUGGGAAGACGGAGGCCAGUAAAUACAUUAUGCAGUACAUAGCAGCCAUCACCAACCCCGGGCAGCGAGCAGAGGUGGAGAGAGUGAAGAACAUACUGCUGAAAUCCAACUGUGUGCUAGAGGCCUUUGGCAAUGCCAAGACAAACCGGAAUGACAAUUCCAGCAGGUUUGGAAAAUACAUGGAUAUCAACUUUGAUUUUAAAGGAGACCCGAUCGGCGGGCAUAUCAAUAAUUACUUGCUAGAAAAGUCUCGCGUGAUUGUGCAACAGCCAGGAGAACGAAGCUUUCAUUCAUUUUACCAGCUGCUCCAGGGGGGUUCUGACCAGAUGUUGCGCUCCCUCCACCUGCAGAAGGAUGCAUCUGCAUACAACUACAUCAGUCCUGGAGCGCAGCUGAAGUGCUCCAUCAACGAUGGUGCAGAGUUCAAAGCAGUAGCGGAUGCCAUGAAGGUGAUAGGCUUCAAGCAAGAGGAGAUUCAGACUGUCUACAAAAUCGUGGCAGCAAUUCUUCACCUGGGGAACUUGAAAUUUUCUGUGGAUGGUGAUACGCCUGUAAUAGAAAACAGCAAGGUUGUGGCCAUCAUCGCUGACUUGCUGUCAACAAAGUCUGAAUUGGUGGAGAAGGCUCUUCUGUUUCGAACUGUAGCUACGGGUCGGGAUGUCAUUGACAAACAACACACCGAACAAGAAGCCACCUACGGCAGAGAUGCCUUUGCAAAAGCCAUAUACGAGCGACUUUUCUGUUGGAUCGUGUCACACAUCAAUGAUGUCAUUGAAGUGAAGAACUAUGACACUACGAUACAUGGGAAAAACACAGUCAUUGGUGUCCUGGAUAUCUAUGGCUUUGAAAUAUUUGACAAUAACAGUUUUGAGCAAUUUUGCAUUAACUACUGCAAUGAAAAGCUACAGCAGCUCUUUAUUCAGCUGGUUCUAAAGCAGGAGCAGGAAGAGUACCAGCGAGAGGGAAUUCCCUGGAAGCAUAUCGAUUACUUCAACAACCAGGUCAUCGUAGACCUGGUAGAGCAGCAGCACAAGGGGAUCAUUGCCAUUCUGGAUGAUGCCUGCAUGAACGUUGGCAAGGUUACAGAUGAGAUGUUCCUGGAGGCUCUGAAUAACAAGCUGGGCAAGCAUGCGCAUUUCUCUAGCAGAAAGCUUUGUGCAACUGAUAAAACGCUGGAGUUUGACAGAGACUUUCGAAUCAAGCACUAUGCCGGUGAUGUGAUUUACUCCGUCACGGGAUUUAUUGACAAAAACAAGGACACUUUAUUUCAAGACUUCAAGCGCCUCAUGUACAACAGCUCUAACCCUGUGUUGAAGAUGAUGUGGCCUGAAGGUAAACUGAGCAUCACGGAGGUAACCAAGAGGCCUCUGACAGCUGCUACGCUCUUUAAGAACUCCAUGAUUGCAUUGGUGGACAACCUGGCAUCAAAGGAGCCCUAUUAUGUCCGUUGCAUUAAGCCCAACGAUAAGAAGUCACCCCAGCUUUUUGACGAGGAGCGUUGCAGGCAUCAGGUCGAAUACCUUGGCCUUUUGGAGAAUGUCAGAGUCCGCCGAGCAGGCUUCGCCUACCGCCAAACGUACGAGAAGUUCCUUCACAGGUACAAGAUGAUCUCGGAAUUCACUUGGCCCAACCACGACCUCCCUUCAGACAAGGAUGCUGUGAAGAAGCUCAUUGAGUGCCAUGGAUUCCAGCAUGAUGUUGCUUAUGGCAAGACCAAGAUUUUCAUCCGUACGCCUCGCACUCUGUUCACCCUGGAGGAGCUGCAUGCCAAGAUGCUUGUACGGAUCGUCCUCUUCCUGCAGAAGGUCUGGAGGGGCACGCUGGCUCGCCUGCGCUACAAGAGGACGAAGGCUGCCCUCGCGAUCCUCAAGUAUUACCGCCGCUACAAGGUGAAGGCCUACAUCCAUGAGGUUGCUCGACGUUUCCACAACGUGAGGCUUAUGAAGGAUUACGGGAAGCACGUGCAGUGGCCCACUCCCCCAAAAGUGCUGCGCCGAUUCGAAGAGGCUCUCCAGAGCAUUUACCAUAGGUGGAGGGCAGGGGAACUCAUCCGGAGCGUCCCACCAGAAGUCCUACCUCAACUGAGGGCCAAGGUUGCUGCCAUGGAAGUGCUGAAGGGUCACAGAGCUGAUAUUGGCCUACAGAGAGCAUGGGAGGGGAAUUACAUCGCACUGAAACCAGACAACCCUCAGACCAUGGGUUCCUUCAUCCCUGUGGCCAACGAGCUGAAACGGAAAGACAAGUACAUGAAUGUGCUCUUCUCCUGUCACGUCCGCAAGGUCAAUCGCUUUAACAAGGUGGAGGACAGAGCGAUCUUCAUUACUGACCGGCACCUUUACAAGAUGGACCCGAUGAAGCAGUACAAAGUGAUGAAGACGAUCCCCCUCUAUAAUUUGAUAGGAUUGAGCGUCUCCAAUGGAAAGGACCAGCUCGUGGUCUUCCACACGAAAGACAACAAGGAUCUCAUUGUCUGUCUCUUCAGCAAAGAGCCCUCUAAUGACAGCAGGAUCGGAGAGCUGGUGGGAGUCCUGGCAAGUCACUUCAAGAGGGAGAAACGCGCCCUGCAAGUCAGUGUCACCAACCCGGUCCAGUGCAGUCUGCACGGGCGGAAAUGCACCGUCGCUGUGGAGACCAAGAUUAACCAAUCCCAGCCGGAUUUCACCAGGCAUCGUUCCGGUUUCAUCCUCUGCGUGCCGGGGAAUUAGCAUCCCCCCUCUGCUUGGCGCAGUGAGCCCGGAGAGAGAGCGAGAGCACAGAGGGAAGACAGACUGGGGCUUGGAUCACCCUCCCCAUGCCUUGGACUUGGCGAGGGGCUGAACUGGGAGAUGCUCAGCUGUGACUUGGUGAUGCGCCUAAAAACGAGCUCUAAAGCCAGAGGUUUAAUGGACCUGAAUUCAGGAGAGGGUUUCACUGCCACAUGCAACAAGGGCUUAAAAUAGCUGGUGACCUGUAUCCACCCUACCAAACAGGCCACGAUAUCAGGAAAGUGCUUCUGAGUUAUGCAAUAAGAAAGCGAUUUUAGGUACUCACACCUUUUCCCAUACUGAUUUCUCGAACCCUCUCCAGCAUUCCUGUCUACGUCCCUUUUUUUGUUGAUGUCAUUUUUGCAAUAUUCUGCAGCCUUCACUGGAGGAACCAAAGAUUCCCGGCUCAGGAAGGGAGUCUGGUCCCAUGAGACCAAAUCCCCGUGGAACCAGAGCCAGGUUUGGACCAGAGGGCUGCCUUGCCGCCCUGCGCUCUUCCAGCCCUGCCGGCAACGGGAGCUGGGAUGGUACAUGGACACACGCCUCUAGACUUGCUGCUUUCCUGCCCGGAGCUCGUUACUCUCACGGCACCUCAGGUGGAGAGAGAUCCACUGCAGGAAGGGAGUGAGAUUCACCGUACAGCGGUGUUAUUUUUAACUCCUGCGAUGCUUUUGCCUUAAUUCCCCUCUCCCAUGCCCUAAAACCCGAUGCGUUCCCCUGUGGACCAAGUGGCCUUGCUGAAAUUUUUGGUGCUCCACGUGGCUCCGUGUUGUCCCAGCGAUGGGGCGAAUGGCCCUGCUGCCGAUGGGUUGGGCUGGAGACCACGUGGAGCUCGGGGGACCCUCGCUUUGCACUAUUUUACUCUGGGCACGUCCGUCCACGCCAGGUGAGGGGCAGCAACACAAACCCAACUGCAGCCACCCAGGCUGGGCCCCUCCUGGCUGCGGGAGCUGCUCUUGGGGCUUUGGGCAUCACCUCGCCUUGUCUGGUGGCCUCACGCUUCGCCUGCCCCGCGCAGAUAACCUCAAGCGUGACGUUCAGGGCAGGGACGGGUGUGCCAAUGGGAGCUAUUUGUUUCCCUCCUGGCGGGCUGCUCCGGUGGGAUUGGAGUGGAAGAGGCCCCUGGCAUGGCGGGAUGGCGCGUGCCGAGUCCUGGCGCUGCUGGUCAGGUCAGGAUUUCCAGCCCCCGCCUUGGGGAUCGCUGGUCACCAGCCCCGCGGCAAACAGGGAGCGCGUGUGUAAUGGAGAGUUUUAGGAACUGGGAGGCCUGGAAGAGGCUCUUUGCCCAAUGUCCUGGGAAUGAAAGCCUUCCAGAGCCAGGGAUGCUGGGUUGCUGCAGCGUUUGGUCCCCACCAGGGCUGGCAGGACCCAAAGGUGAGGGCAUAGAGAUGCUCCUGCUCUGGAUUUGUGGGACCAGCUCAAUCCUGGCUGUGCUCUUUGCCGAGGAGCCCCCACACCGGAGCCCUCCGGCCUCAGACCCAGCCCUGCGUCCUUGUCCCGAAGCCCUGGGACGCUCCAGCUCCUCUUUGCACCCUCCUGGGGAAGCAGCAGCAGGAAAAGCCCCGGCAUCACUGUGCUUCCACUUGCACUUCUCGCUUCUCCCGUUGCCCGUCUCGCCGCCCCCGACCCCACUAAAACCCGGAGGCGAGGCAGGGGCAGGAGCUUUAAUCAGCACUUUUAUCGCUCUCCCUCCAGCGAAACAGUUGUAUCGAAUCAGGACGGAUAAAUGGUAGGAUCGGGGAAUUCCUAACACUACGAGAUGGCGAUAUUGUAUGUGAGGAAAUGUGUCUUUAUAAAAUAUAUUAUCUGUUCCUGCUCUGGUUUUAUAUAUAUAAAUAUAAAUAUAUAAAAUAGAUA